AUGGCUCAGGUUUCAAACUCUCGUGCUAAACUUCCAAAGUUACCUGUAUUUGAAGAGAGUAAAGACUGUAUUGAUUCGUACUUGCAGAGAUUUGAACGAUUUGCAGCUAACGCAAAGUGGGAGGAGUCUAUUUGGGCCAUCAAUCUCAGCGCCUUGUUAAAGGGUAAAGCUCUUGAAGUUUACUCAAGAUUACCGGCAUCUCAAGCUUUGAAUUACAGAACAUUGAAGCAGGCACUACUUAAGCGAUUCCAGUUGACAGAGGAAGGUUUUCAUUCGAAGUUUCGUACUUCAAAACCAGACCAAGGUGAGAGUCCAUCGCAAUUUUUUGCACGCAUUGAUAACUAUGUUGAAAAGUGGUUGAAUUUAGCAAAAAGUCCCAGGACUUAUGAAGGGCUUAAAGACUUAGUUCUAAGAGAACAAUUUAUGAAUAGCUGUAGCAGAUCUUUAGCAAUGUUUUUAAUAGAAAGACACACAGGAAAUGUAGAAAAUAUUUCUAAUCUUGCGGAUCAGUUCAUUGAAGCACAUGGUUAUUCUUCCUUCAGGAAAGUUGUUCAAGUUUUCCAGAAAACAUAUCCUAGUGAGGUUCAAAAAGGUCUUGGCAACCGCAACCAGAAUCAGGUGUCUAAACGGCAGUCUGAUCCUCAGCAGACAAAGGAAAGAAAAUGUUACAUAUGUCACAAACAGGGCACCUUGCGAAAGACUGUUACUCGAAACAAGGUGUGCAUCGUCCAAAGGAGAAGCCUCAUGUUGGAUCGGCAUGCAAGCAGAUUGAAUGCUGCGUGGAAAAUGGUCAGCUAUGUGAAAGUACUCAGAGACAGUGGUUGUAGUGGAAUUGUUGUUAAACGUGACCUUGUGAAAGAUACCGAGUUAACAGGGAAGGUGCAGAAGUGUGUGUUGAUAGAUGGUACAGUUCGGCAGGUAGAGGAAGCAGUCAUUGACGUUGAUACUCCUUUCUAUGUAGGCAAGAUCCACUGUGGCAAAGUGGCAGAUAGAGAAACCCACUUGCUUCAAGCUGUGCAGACCAGAAGUCAGAAAGUAAGAGAAGAAAAAGGUAUGAAGAAACUUAAGGUUAAAGAUUCGAUAGAUAUUGAUGUCAAUGUGGAUAAAAUGAAAGAAUUGCAGACGACGGAUGAAUCCUUGAUUGCCUACAGAAAUCUUGCAAAGUCUGGUAAGAAGAAACAUUUUGGUGAUUGUAUCGUUUCGUGGUUUUCUGUGGACAAGGGACUAUUAUACAGAUAUUUUCAGUCGUCCAAGGUCAGUGACAAUAAAACAUUCAAGCAAGUUAUUAUUCCCGAAUCUCUUCGACGCAAAGUGAUGACCAUCCCGCACGACAGUAUUCUGGGAGGACACUUAGGGACAAAGAAGACAGCUGACCGCAUAACAUCAAGCUUCUACUGGCCAGGAAUCCAAGGGGAUAUCAAAAGAUAUUGCCAAUCCUGUGAUGUUUGUCAGCGGACCUUUCCAAAAGGAAAAGUUCCAUUUAUAGAAGAUGCCUUUGAUCGACACUCUGGCAUUUGGUUUGAAGUCAUACAUCAUGCUGUAAAUGAGCAUGAAUGGAUUUUGCCGUAUAGAGCAGGAGGAAGAAGUUCAUGUCAGUAUGGUCCAUUAACAGAGGAAAGAGAUAAAGAUUGGCUUGAGGCAGGGUCCCCAGCACAUGUUACCGUGCGUGCAAUUGUCAGUCAAAAGGCUAAUAAAGAAGAUUCCUUUCUACCUUAA